AUGGCGACGCUGAGCGCCGUCUGGCAGACCGCCCCGCUGCGCGCAGCCCACAAGGCGGCACCAUCGAGGCCGACGGAGCCGCUCGCCACCCGGCGCGAGGCCACCGCGCACGUCUACACGCAGCAGCUCUGCGCUUCCUUCCGGCGGCAGUGCUCGGGCAUUGCGCUAGCGACCAGCAACCGGUAUCGCGCUGUGGCGCAACGUGUCGGCUUGGCGCUGCGCUAUCGAGCCCUUCUCGGGUACGCGGCCCCGAGCUCGGCGCACGAGACAGCAUUUGACGAUAUUGCGUCGCGGUAUAAGGCGCUACAGACACGUCUCGAGGCGGCGGCGACCAUCGACUGUUGGGAGGCUAUCGACCUGCACGUCCAAGAGGCCAAGGCCAUGGGUGAUAGCCUUGUGAACGAGCUGGACGAACUCUUGCGGCGCGUUCGAGCCGACACGAGUGCCUGUCUCGCGGCCCGAUCGGUCAAGCGACUCUUGCUUCACGAGCUGCCAGCGUGCUUUGUCAGUGUCUUUUCCUACCUCGGCACGGCGGAUCUCGCGACUUGCCACGCCGUGUGCGCCGCGUGGCACCUCGUUUUGAGCUGCGACGGGACACUCUCAUACGCGAUGACGACACCUGCGAUGCGCUGGCGCUACUGGCGGCACUUUGCGCCAUCUGCAGCGCUAGACUAUAAAGCAUUUGUACAGCCCAGUGCGCACGAUGAGCUCAUGGCCAAAGAGGUCGCACGCACAACGUUCUACCCGAAAGAGCUGCUGUACCCAACGACCAAGCCGCACGGCUACCUCUACCGGCUCGGUUCGUCCACGCACCUCUCGAGCUCGCCCCUACUGCUGGAGCUCCACGCCAAGCUCAUGGAUGUCUUCCGCGCCUACGCUUGCUUCAGUCCGCACACGGGCUACGGCCAUGGCAUGACGCUCGUCGCAUCGUCGCUGCUCACGUGCCUCGGGUACGACACGAGCACAACCUUUGUCACUUGGACGCUGCUCAUGGAGCACCGCCUCAUGGGCAGUUUCUGGGACGGCGCGUCGCAGCGGUUUGGCCACGGCCUCGAGUACCGGCUGCAUGAGCUCACGUACUGCAUGUACCGGUACCUCCCGGAGUUAUCGCGCGUGCUGCAGACACGCGGCAUCUCGACAGCGAUGUUUGCGACCAGCUGGAUUCUGUCGCUCUUUCUGAACGAGCGGUCGCUGCCACCGGCGGUCUGCGCCCACAUACUCGACGCGUUCAUUCGCGAAGGCUGGAGCAGCAUGUUUGCUUUGUACAUGGGACUCUUCCUCCUCCACGACAUUCCAGCCUCCGACGACACGUCGACCAUCCUGCGCUGCAUCUUGGCGCUGCCACGGCACCUCGGCGAACACGGCCUCGGACGCUACCGGUAUGCAGCGUACACGACGCUGUCACCGCCGCUCACGGCGCUCUUGGCGUCGUACGAGGCCGACGUGCCCCCGAGUUUGUAAGAACCCUAACCCUAUUUAUUAGCUUGUACAGCUUAACCUCUUAACAUGGUCUCAAUCGCG